AUGCCAUUCUUCUACUUACCCCGAAGCCGCCGCUUCUUCGAGAACAUACCUUGUCCGCCCGACUGUCAAAUCCCAACAGGAGACGACCAAGCCUACGGCCUCCACCCAGAACAUCGCUGGAUCUACAACAAACUCACCAUCACCGAACUCCAAAAUAUCCCAUGUGGUCCCCACAAGACAUACCCGCCGGCGGAUAUAUUCCCCAUAUUCAGCAAACCAAUUUACAACCUCGGCGGCAUGGGCGCCGGAUCCCGCACCAUGGAAACAGAAGAUGACUACUGGGCUUCAAUAACACCAGGACACAUGUGGUCCGUUCUACUGCAUGGGAAACACUACAGCACAGACAUCGCCGUGGUAGCCGGGAAGGUAGUGUGGAUGAGUCAUGCGCGAGGGGAAACGGGACCGCAGCAGACGUUCGAUUAUUGGGAGAUAAACGUCCCUGUGGACCCGAGUAUUCGGCAGUGCAUUACCGAGUUCGUCGAGGCGCAUUUGGGGACAUUUUCGGGGAUGUUGAACAUGGAGACGAUCGGGAACAAGAUCAUCGAGGUUCAUUUGCGGUUUUCGCCGCAGUGGCCGGAUAUUUAUGGGGAGUGGUUUUUGCCGGCGCUUGUGGAGCUUUAUUCUAGGGGUGAGUGGACGGGGCCCGCUAAGACGCCGGAGGUUGGGUAUAGUGUUGUUCUGUUUGAUGAUGAGAGAUGUGCGAAGUUGAGUACGAAGCUCGACGUGCCGUUUGAGAGUAUCUCGAGACCUGAGGGGGGUUACCGCGUUGCGUGGAUUAAUGGAUUUGAUUUGGGGACCUGUAAAAAGGCGAGGGAGUUGCUUAGGGAGUUUUUGUAUGGACUGGGCGGGAAGAAUUAA